AUGACCACCGCAUUGCCAUUGGCUGCAUCUGCCAGCGCAGAGGUCGCAAAGGACCGAAAAUUGGGUGAGCCGAAACUCGACCAACCGCAGCUCCAAGCUGGAGGCGGGACUGCAUCGUCCGCCACAAAGGCUAGAACACUCGACUAUCUGAACGACAUAAUAGCCAAUCACCUCAAGAUUGCUUACUCGGAAGCAAAUAAACGCUUUGAUUUGACCACCAAAGAAGGUCUCGUAAAGUGGCUGGCCGAGGAGCAACAAUCGCCCGAACAGGAUCCGGGCCUAUUCAAGGACGGAUCAUUCUCACAUUUUGCCAAUUACUUCCUGUCUGGCCUUGCAAAUGUCAUGGCGGCAGCUCCUAAUCUUGAUGAGUCCUAUCCAAUUUCGAAUUACUUCAUUUCUUCCAGUCACAACACGUACUUGACUGGAAACCAACUGUCCAGUAACUCAAGUGUAGAAGCCUACAGAAACGUACUGGUUCGAGGCUGUCGUUGCGUAGAAAUCGAUGUGUGGGACGGCGAGCUUCCCUCAAGCUCCAGCUCUGAAGAUGAGUCAACAAAACCCUCUACGGCAAGUGCGAAGAAGGAGAAAAAGAAGGAAAAGUCUGGAUUAGGUAUCCGUAAACGCUUGGAGUUGCGGUUUGGUAGAAAGGCAUCGCCUCCACCUGGAGACCGGCAGCCCGAAUCCAAUCCGUCAGCAAUGACAGAUGAUAAGAUAGAGAAAUGGCGCUCAAAUACGUCUUCUCGUGCUGAGCCUCGAGUUCUUCACGGAUACACACUAACAAAGGAGAUGUCUUUUCGAGCCGUAUGCGCAACGAUCAGGGAUUUUGCCUUUUCCACAUCAAAACUACCGUUAAUCGUCAGUCUUGAAGUCCAUACCAGCCCCGAACAACAGGACAUCAUGGUUGAGCUUAUGCGUGAAUACUGGAAGGGAAUGCUUGUCGAUCUCCCUCUUGACCCGUCGCAGGCUUCGGGCGACAUAGCGUUACCACCCUUGAAGGAUCUCGAAAAGAAAAUCAUCAUUAAAGUCAAGCGGGCCGCUCCAAAACCCGUUGAACCCGUCGGCGUCAAACCUACGACUCUACAAGCUCCCACUGAAGUCGCCAAAACCACAACAAUCAACUCAGCAUCAUCAUCAUCGUCCGAGGAAAUUCCAGAAUCCCAAGCCAAUCCACCCGCCCCGAAGCCUAAAAUUACCGAAGCCUUGGGAAAGCUCGGAGUGUACAUGGGUGGUUAUCAUUUCAAAGGGCUCGAUCAGCCAGAGGCGCAAAUACCAACCCACGUCUUUUCGCUAUCGGAGAAAGCCUUACUGGAGGUCCAUGAAACACAGACAACAGCUCUGUUCAAUCACAACAAGAACUUCUUCAUGCGUGCAUAUCCUAAAGGCCUGAGAUUGAACUCCUCCAACCUCGAUCCGUCAAUAUUUUGGCGAGCUGGUGUACAAAUAGUGGCACUGAACUGGCAACGCUGGGAUGGCGGCAUGAUGCAGAACGAAGCCAUGUUUGCUGGUACCAACGGCUGGGUCUUAAAACCCGAAGGCUAUCGGGGUGCUAGUAACGAAACCUCACAGAACACGGCUAUUCCGCGCCAUAAUUUAGACCUCUCCAUCGAGUUUUAUGCUGGACAGGAUAUCCCUCUGCCACCCGAAGAAGACGACCCCAACGACUUCAAGCCAUACGUCAAAGUUGAACUGCACGUCGAGAAGCGUGAGGAACGUGAAGGGGAACCGCUGCCUGGUGGCGGGAAAACCAGAGGGGGGGAAUAUAAGGCGAAAACAAAGACACAUCGAUCUACCAAUCCAGAUUUCGGUCGAGAGGUAGUGAAAUUUGAUGGAGUUCAGGGAGUGACGGAAGAAUUGACCUUUGUGAGGUAUGUACGCAGGCCCGCCUGGCCUUCCCAAUCUCUUUUUUCCUUUGUUACAUCAGUUUCACGUUGUGGGGCAAGAGAUGCACGCGACUUGUUGCACGGGGUUGAACGAGGGGCCUGUUGCGCAUGAGGGUUUGCAAUUGACCUGUCAUCUCUUCGACUGUCCUCAAACCUAGCAUGCUAAACCGAUCGCACAACCCCAUAAUACCUUUCCCCCAGUUGUGGAAUGACCCGCCAUUGCUCU